GCAGCACCUGAAUACCUAAUGAUUGGGACAUGGCCUUGGCAUAUUUCUGGCUCCUUCAGGGACUCUUCUUGCAUAGCCAGGCGACUACUACAACAGCAACGACUUCUACAACUACGACCUACAAUGGCGGCACCGAAAUCACAUUCACCAUCCUUUCUUGUGGAGCAGACUACACGCUAGCCGCCACCACAGACGGCACUCCACUGACAUGGGGAUUCCCGCUGAGUGAACGGCCAAAGGUCUAUGUACCUCAAGGAUUUCUGUGGAAGUACAUGAAGGGCGGCACCUCCCAUUCUUGCGGCAUCACCAAUGAAGGUCGAACAUUUUGCUGGGGUCGCACACGAGAGGGCCAGUGUGACGUCCCACCCGGAUACAGUUUCCAGCAGCUCACACUGGGAGAGGCGCACACUUGUGGCAUCACAGAAGCAGCAGAGCUGCUGUGCUGGGGCUCCCCCACAGACAACGGGUUGGUAGUGCCACCUGGACACACCUGGAGCCAGGUAGCUGCUGGAACGGUCUCCACGUGUGGAGUGAACACCACGGGCAGCAUCCUUUGCUGGGGUAGACAAGGCUAUGGCAGGAGAGAGGUUCCGUACCUGGACAACGCUGAUGUGCGCUGGCAGGAGGUGGCUUGUGGUGACCGGCACUGCUGCGCCAUUCUGACAGUAAGUGCGGUGCAGGCCUUGAGCCGCCGUCAGGAGGACAAUGUGCUUUGCUGGGGCGAUGACUUUCACCAACAACUCCAGGUGCCUGGAAAGGAGCAGGGGCGCACGGGAGGUCAGGAGAGCUUUCGCAGCAUCUCCGCAGGGACCUUGUUCACCUGCGGGCUGACCCAGGGCUCCGAGGUUUGGUGCUGGGGUCGCGUGGCUCAAUAUGGUCUGAAUUUCAGGACCCCGAAGAAUGCCACUCUUCUGAGCGCGGGUGGCAUCCAUGCCUGCAUCUUGGAUGUGUACCAGAAGGCGCACUGCUGGGGUGGCAACACUGAAGGCCAGGCAGAUGUGCCCUUGGACUCCGAUACAUAUCCGCCAUCGAUUGUCGAGUUUGCAAAUGAUCCUUUGGACAUUUCGGAGGAGGACCCAUCGAUUCGGCUGAAGGAGUACAUUCCAGGUUACAGCCAGCCUGCAAGGACCAAUCAGCACAUCACCAUGGCAAUUUUCUUCCCCGAAUUUGCCAUGGUGGAUACACCGACGCUGACAUUCGAGUACAUUGACGGCCCGGAGGAUCCAUAUUCUCCUCAUGUGAUCAAGUUCCCGGACUCCUGGAAUGCUCCAGUCAUCAACGAGCUGAAGAUUUCGGCCUUUGAUCUGUCGCUUUGGUAUGACGUUCGCCUUGGGCCAUCUCCUGCCGUGCGGAACAUCACCUCCACAUGGGUGAAUGGCACUACAAAGCAUCAGCUGGUGGAUGGUGCCGCAUAUUCAGUGAAGCUGGCAUAUCAGGACACCUUUGCACAUCCUGCAGCAACUCACUGGAUUCAGAGAUAUGAGGUGACCUACGACCUCGAGACACUGCCCCCAACGCUUUGGGCUCCAAUGCCUGGGUUCACCAAGCAAGCUUUGGCGGUGGGCUACUCCUUGCCCGAGGACAUGUACUCUGAAGCUGUGUGGAUCACAAUGACCUUCACUGGCACUCUUCCCGGCUACCUCCAGCAAGUAGAGGACAGCCAGUCACCAUACGAGAUCCAGCUAGUGAAGGAGAUGGCAGUCCAGGGCAACUACUCUUUUGAGAUUAGUCUGGGAGCCCUCUAUGAGACUUUGGAUGGCAGGAGAUCGCCAUAUGUUCGACGGGUAUUCACAGCUGGUGGAGUCGGAGGCCCUGACACCCGCUUGGCGACAGGAGGACGCUACAACAUGACGCUGCGGGUGGCAGAUAGAUUUAACAAUGCUCCCAAGUUUGAUGAGGUGUCGCCCAUAGACUUUAUUUGGGACACGGCGACAGAGCUGGUUCAAGUGCAUCAGCCUUCAACAUCGCUCAAUGAUCCGAUCGUCAUUGACUACACGAUCACGGAGCCCAUGAUGGCUGGUUCUUGUCGUUUUGCCCUCACCUGGCUGCGGAAUGUACCAACGAGUGGAGGGGUUCCACAGGCGGAUUUGCAAAGUCCUCACGUUUGGUAUGUCACUCCGGCGAAGGAGAGAGAUGUCGCUAGCGGCGCUUCAUCCAACAUCAUCAGGCUGAGUGCCUCGAAUCUAUUUCGUGAUUCUUUCGAUGAGGCUUUGGCUCACCCAGACAUCCCGACGUUUGAGUCUACAGGAACCCCUGUGUAUUCCAGAUUGCAGCCAUUCUCUGAGUAUGAGCUAUCCAUCUCCUGCCAGGACGUAUUCCAGAAUCCUCGCAGCUACGUGAAUCUGAGCCUCCAGACGAACUUUACACCUCCUUCAGCACCUCAUGCUCCUACACUGUACCACAGGACAACGACCACCCUAGUGCUUGCUUGGCUGCGAGGAAACACCGGCGGCCUUCGCAUCACCAAGUUUGACGUCCAGCUGCAAGUAGCACCUGAGCCAGAAGCUGGAUGGACCGGUUCUGAUGCGGAGGCAGCUUCAGCAGCUGCCUCCGUGGCCAGUGGACAGCUCCAGGAAAAGGAAGUGAACGAACAAGAAUCCAAUCGUGCCGUAUUCCUUGACCUGAGCAGUUCGCAGCAUUAUUUGGCACGAGUACGAGCCUGGAACAUGGCCGGGGUGUCACCCUGGUCAGCCUGGUCCCUCCUGCGUGUCCUGUCAUCAUGCGCUGAUGGCCAUCCUCACGACGCGGAGGAAUGCGAUGAUGGAAACAUGGUGGAUGGGGACGGCUGCAGCACAAGUUGCAAAGUGGAGCUUGGCUGGACAUGUGAGGCGCAGCCAUUGGGGCUCUACGCAGAUGGCUGGGGUCGGGGGCCCUCAAAGUGUCGUGCAAGUGGCAUUGACGGCCUCCGUGUUGGUGAUGAAGAAUGUGACGAUUGCAACUUGCAGGCGGGGGAUGGCUGUGACAAUGGCCGAGUAGAGCCUGGAUACACGUGCGACUACAAGGGUCGGUUGGGAAUUGAAAGCCCCUGCCCUGGCGUCCUUGCAGCGGACACAAACAACUACUUGACCUUCACUGCAGACUCCUGCCACGUCACCUGUGGCGACGGCAUUCGGCACAUCGUCGCUGGCGAGGAGUGCGACGACGGAAAUGUCAUCAAUGGAGAUGGUUGCACAUCGGACUGUCGCAUUGAGCCGGGCUACGAAUGUCCCACCAUUGGUUGGCCAGCCGUCCUUCUGACACCGUGCCGACCGAUUUGCGGGGAUGGCCUGCGAAGGGGCACAGAGGCGUGCGAUGACAACAACACUGUUGCAGGUGAUGGCUGCUGGGAUUGCAAGGUUGAGAUUGGCUGGUUUUGCAAGAGGAUUGGAGAAGGAGAAGGUGAGGAGGUGUGCCGGAACACAUGCCUCAAUGGUGACAUUGACCCGGGAGAAGACUGUGACGAUGCCAACACAUUCGACAAUGACGGCUGCUCCAACUGCAUCAUCGAGCAGGGCUGGACAUGCGAGGCAAUAGCCAACCGCCCGACCAGCACGGGUCCAGGAAGCUUUUGUACGCCGAUAUGCGGCGAUGGACUUCGAAUUGAGCUUGGCACACUGGCAGAACAAUGCGAUGAUGGCAACUUUUUGGCGGGAGAUGGCUGCAGUCCCGACUGUCAAGUUGAACCCGGGUGGCAGUGCGUGGUCCAGGCGAACUCAACCGCCUUGCGCUGUGAGCAAACUUGUGGGGACGGCCUCCUGGCACCCGGAGAGCAAUGCGACGAUGGCAACAAGGAGCUUGGUGACGGUUGCGACAACUUGUGUCGGGUGGAGCGAGGGUUCGUCUGCACACCUGAAGAUGCCUUUACAAAGUCAGAGGUGUCGUCUGGACCACCUUUCGCAGCUCAAAACAGGACAGUUUGUCAACCAAUUUGCGGAGAUGGCCUUGCGCUGCUCAGCUUCGGUGAAGCCUGUGAUGAUGGCAACCGAGUUCCGAGCGAUGGAUGCGACGAAAGCUGCCAAGUAGAAGCUGGCUAUACCUGUGGAACUGGGGAAGGCGUAACUGCCGGGCUUUCACUCUGCACUCCGAUUUGCGGUGACAGUCUGCUUCGAGCACCAGAGCAGUGUGACGACGGCAAUGCAGGGAAGGGGGACGGCUGUGAUGAGACCUGCCAGCUGGAGCAGGGCUACCAAUGCUGGCCGCCUGGUGUUGCGUGCCGCCCACUUUGUGGUGACUCUCUUCGCUUGGAGGGGGAGGCCUGUGAUGAUGGGAACCUUCAGCUGGAGGAUGGCUGCGACUCAAGCUGCCAAGUGGAGGAUGGCUGGGCAUGCCGCUCGUAUAUCUACGCCCCCGCAAACACAACAUCAGUGUGUGCACCGAUCUGUGGUGACGGAAAGCUGCGUGGUGGCGAGGCCUGUGAUGAUGGAAACCUGGUGCAAGGUGACGGCUGCGAUCAGAACUGCGCCGUGGAGGAUUCAUGGGUUUGCUGCGAUCCGGCUCCAGGCACUACAGGCUCCAAGUGCAGCCCGGGUUUCGCUGUGGACCGCGAGCUCAUUUGUGGUGCCCAGACCUGCGGAGACGGCCGGCGCGAUGACGGCGAAGGCUGUGAUGAUGGCAACAACAUCUCUGCAGAUGGCUGCAGUCCUCGCUGCGAGGUGGAUGCUGGGUACGCUUGCACCCCGAUGGCGCCCCGAGGGCCAGGUCGGUACGUCCCAGACCAUUGCGAGGCAAUUUGCGGAGAUGGUCUUCUUGUGCAGGGUGAGGAGUGCGACGAUGGAAACCAGGUGAGCGGUGAUGGCUGUGGUUGGAACUGCAAGAUCGAGCAGCUCGGCACCUCCUGCCCUCAAGCCUCGGAUGGCAACGGUGGCGUCUGCCGUGCCACUUGCGGGGACGGCGUGCGUGGACCUGUAGAGGAGUGUGAUGACGGAAACUCCUUCGGAGGGGAUGGAUGCUCUGCCAGUUGUCAGAUUGAAAGGGGCUUCACUUGCUCUGGUGGCGGCUUGCGCAGCAUGGAUACCUGCUGGCCAAUUUGUGGUGACGGCCUGCGAGUGGAUCGGGCCUUCUCCUCAACGCUGGCGGCAGACAAGCUGGAGGCCUGUGAUACUGGUCCCAUCCCUUCCAGGGGCUGCGACAUUUCCACGUGCACAGUGCGAGCAGGCUGGACGUGUUCAAGACCGGCAGAAGGUUCGAGCAAAGAGGUGUGCACCCCCAUUUGCGGAGACGGAAUUCUGAUGACGCCCAUGGAGGAAUGUGAUGACAAUAACAACCAGCCAGGGGAUGGGUGCAGCCCAGACUGCAAGGUGGAGCCCUUGUACGAAUGUGCGUAUGAUGACUUCUGGCUCCGUUCCGUCUGCUCAAUCCGCUGUGGCGAUGGGCGGCGCCAUCCCUCAGAGGCCUGCGACGAUGGCAACAAUUGGGACCAGGACGGCUGCUCCUCGACUUGCCAACCAGAGCCCGGCUUCGAAUGCCACGGGGGGACCUUAUCCAAGCCGUCUCAGUGCAGGCCAAUCUGUGGAGACGGCUUCGAGGUGCUCGGUGAAAGUUGCGACGAUGGCAACCUGAUUCCCUGGGAUGGCUGCAAUCAGUUCUGCCAGGUCGAAGCUGGCUACUAUUGUACAAAGGCUCCUCGUCCAGAGAACCCAGGAAGUCCGUCACAAUGUACCAACAGCUGCGGAGAUGGUAUCGUGAAUGACAACGAGGAAUGCGAUGACGGGAUCGCCGAAGGCUCAGAGUCUGCGACUUGUUCAAAAUGUCGGAGGUUGCCAGCGGCUGUUUGCGGAGAUUUCCGCCGCAGUGCUUCCGAGCAAUGCGACGACGGCAACACUGUCACGGGAGAUGGUUGUAGCCCGAGUUGCGAGGUCGAGCCUGGCUGGACUUGCACGCAGGGUCCGCAGCAUUUGGAUCCUCGCACAGGGCCAGGGGACUCUUGUGCGCCCGUUUGUGGCGACGGCCUGGUCAUUGCGGGCUUGGAGGCAUGUGAUGAUGGCAACCUGCGCGGCGACGAUGGGUGCACAGCCGACUGCCAAGUUGAGCCGCUCUUCCAGUGCUUCCUUCUCGGGGCGUCCGAGCUCUCACAGGUGCCGGCGGCUGUGCAGCCAGUCAGAGGGCCGGAUGCCUCCAUUUGCGUACCCACCACGCCGCCGCGCCUGGUGGGGGCCUACUUUGGCGAGGCUCUGGUGACGUUGAAGCUGAACUUCGAUACCAAAGUCGCUCCGCUUCCUGGAGAGGAGUAUGUGGGCGGUGUGGCUUUGGCAGCUGCCUCCUUUCCCUGUAACGUCCUGCUGGCUGAGUCCACGCUGCUGCUUUUGGGCACACAGCCCAGCUGCUGGUGGGAGUCACGGAGCACCGCGGCUGUGGCGUUGGGGGGCAGCCCAGGUCUUGCGCCUGGAAGCUCAGUGGUCCUCAAGGCUGGGGUGCUCCGCCGCUACAUCUUUACUCAGGAAGCUUCUCCCUCUCAGGAGCUCAAGGCAGAUGUCCCUGGUGGUUUCAUCGCCCCUGUUCUGUGGCCGCAGCCCGUCAUCACCGGGCCGCAAAUGGUCCCCUCGUGCGCUGACUCUACGACUCUCAGCUCCGAGCACAGCCAGGGCUUGGCGGGACGUAUGCCUUUGCCCAAUCGCUGGGACGUGGUGGCAGCUUUCAACAUCAAGAACGGCACUUGGGAUGACAAAGAAGUGCAGCGUAUCCGGACGGGCAUUGCAUCGCAAGCCCAAAGCACGGAGGUGACCUUUCCACGGCAAGGGGCAGUCCUGAGCCUGCUUGACCUGGAGUUUGACCGUAGCUUGCGGGUCAACUAUUUGUACCGGAUCUGCCUGACGCAGCAGAACUUGCUUGGGCUCAGUGGCGUGGCCUGCCACCACCUGGAGGUGAACGACUUCCCGGUUCCGAGUGUGGCGCCGGUUGCUCCGUCCACUCGGUACGUCAUUCCAAAGUACGGCCGGUGGCUGAACCUGGAGACGACAGCAGACAUUCCAAAGGGCUGCCUGGCUGGCGAUGCUCCUUUGCCAACCACCUUCUUGGCGCGGGAGGUUCCAAAAGCAUCACAUGACCUCUCCGUUGAGGAGCCAAUGGUGCGAGCCGGCUGGGCAUACGACGCCUCAAUGCGCAACGUGGGGCAGGAGCGCGCCACCCUCCGCACACCCUCGGUCGCGCAGCCGCUGGGGGAGGACCGCUGGGGAAACCGCAGCGUGUCGGGCCAGAUCUUUGUUCCGCCUGGAACUCUCGCAGCAGGCUUUGCAGAUGUCCUCGCAGUGGCUUGUAUCAAUGCAUCUACCAAUCUUUCUCUUCUGGAGAUGAGCUUGGGCAUGCCCAGCUAUGAACAGGUCUGUGGGUACUACACCUUCCGGGUGCAUGUUGUGGAUGUGGCGACUGGCAUCUCCCUGUCGGAAAGGCCAGCGAGGCGGCUGAAUGUGACAGAGGCUGCGUUGGCGCGCGCUGAGCUGCGGCUCGUGGGCCUGGCGCCGGAGUUGGGCCUGGCGCCGCAGGGCCCACCGCUGCAGGCAGAUGAAAGCAGACCCUGGGCCUUACAGCGCUUAGAGGUCUUGCAGGACCUCUCUGGGAAUCAACUUCGUGCUGACUUUCUGCAAUACGGCUGGUUGGGAGCAAUUGAGCCGGAGAACAGCACCACUGUCCUGGGCGCAGUGCUGGCGUUGACUAACGACACGGAGUUCACGCAGUCGCAGCUGCAAGCUGCCCUUGCGGAGUUUACGCCGCUUGUCACUUGGUCAGUGCAGGCCGAGACGCGCAGCGGAGCACAAGUGGUCGCUGAGCCAUUGACGCCUUCAGUUGGAGGUGUCUUCUUGAGCCUGCCGCCGGGUCAAUUAUCCUCAGGUUCUCAGGUGCAGGUGACGGCGCAGCUGGAUUUGCUGCCAGGUCUGGGCUGUUCAGCUCCUGUGCGAAGCCUCCAGAAGCAGGCAACCUUGCGCGUGAACCUGCCGCCUGCUGCGGGCUACUUGCUGGUGGACAGGACUCGAGUGGCAGCCCCCGCACCUCUCAUGUCCUUCAUUGUGGCAAAUAUGCGCUGGUCCUCAGCGGCGCUCCCCUUGCAGUACCGGCUAGAGGCUGAGCUACCCACAGGGCUUCUCCUCAGUGACUGGAGCUUCGAUCCCAAAGUUCCGGUUGCAUUUCUGCCUCGCGAUCAGACCCUGGUGCUGCGGGGACAGGCCAGAGACGGGCGUGGCACUGUCGCAGUCACCGCACCAGAGACUGUGCAACUCAUGGCAUCCGCCACUGCCGAGGCCCAGGCGCUGCGAGUACUUGCGGCAUUUCAGCAAGGCCAAAUGCUCUUCGCACAGUACUCACCAAGGAAAACAUCUGAGACGUUGUCCCUGCUGCAAUCCACAGCCUCCUCUUUGGAUCCCAUGCUGCAGUGGCAGCUUUGGCAGGACGUGGCUUUCAGUGCUUUGAGCACCAGAUUUGACUCCAGUGUGCAGAACUGCACAGAGGAUUGUGGUGCGCAUGGCAGCUGCUUUGUGAGUGAGUUGCUGGACCAAAGCUGGGAUCGCUGCACCUGUGCGGACGGGUGGCUUGGAUCCCGCUGCGAGCUGCGAGACUUCGAGGCGGAAUCGCAGAAGCUCGUGACCCUGGCAGUGCUGGAUGCUUUGCAGAAGUUGGCCACGCAGCUGGAGGUUUUGGGCAUCAACUCCGUGGCAGGCUCUUUGGGCCGAUUCUUUCAGCUACUGCGGCGCGUAGCUGACGAUUGUCGGCGGGUUCCCCUGGAUGGCCUGGCAUCUCUUGUUGGGAUUGCUGCAGGCCUGGCAGCGCAAGCCCCUAAGGCAGCGCUGCGGGAUGCCCGAGUGGAGAUGACCGCGCUGAUCUCGCAGCUGUAUUCCUGCUUGCCUGAGGAGGAUCCAUCGAUGCCCAUGGCUUCGAUGCCUGCGCCAGCCACGGUGCUUCUCACUUCCCUGGGCAGCUCCGAGAUUUGCCGACCGGUCAACGGCACCAACACCACGGUGUGCUAUGACCUUGCGAGUUCUGAAGUGCGAAUGUCCUGCCCGGGAACCGCCCAGAAGGCCUACCAGGGGGAGGUGCUUUCAAACCCUUCAGCAGCGGCCGUGCAAAGCGAUGUACAUUGCCGAGCUGACCUCAACCUUGGCAUUGCAGAUCCAUAUCCGUGCCCCUGCACCCUUCCGGACAGCACCUUCUUGGGCUUCGGGCGCUCGGAGCGCCAGCCGCUCUUGAGCGAAACCCUGGGUGCAAGGGACGAGAAGGACAUCCUGUGGCGUGAGCUUGUGCGACUCUUUUGGAACAAUACCAAGUACGGUGGCAGCGGCGUGCGGGAGCAGCCCGGUCCGGUGCUCGCGGCUGCCCUUUGGCUUCAGGAGACGGGUGCGGCUGCAAACGAAGUCACUUCUGCGCUGGCAGAGGCAGAGCGCUGGCAGCUAGUGCAGCAAGGCAUUUUGAUGGCGCUGCAGUCGAUGGCGCCGCUGCUGGCAGAUGCGCUGCUUGGGGCAGCGGUGCCCGGACAGGAGCCGCACUUGGUGGAGUCACAGCCCGUUGACAUGCAUUGGGCUGUGCCGACAGUCAUGUCGACCGACGGACCGCCAAGCAGGACAUGGGUGGCAGCGAUGUCUUUGGACACACCUACGCAAGUAGAGACCGAGUACCAGACGUUAGACCCUGUCUCCGGCCCUCAGCCGCAGACUCUACCGGUCAAGGUGCCCCUGGGUGCUGUGCACUGGAAGAACGGAGGCCGCGGGCUGUUCUCGAAGAUCGACCCCUCGGUGAAAGUGCACAGUGACGUGGUCCAGCUUCGGCUCCUAGAGGCGUCGAGGUAUAACCUCACGAAGCUGCGCUACCGCUUCAAGGUGCCAGAUCUGCAGCCGCGCUGCGUGCCCCCUACAGAGGACUUGCUGCUGCUUUGCUGCAAUGCAUCCAAUUGGACGGACAGACCAGGAGCGUUUGCCUUCGCAUGUCCGACAUUUUCGAGCCCACUGCCGGUUGCCAAUCCGGCCCGGCGCGUGGCGAGCACAGCGGGGACACCUGCGGCACCCAUCAAGGUAGCCUCGGUUCUUGAACUCAGCGGGCAGCGACUUCCCUUUGAGCAAGGCCUCGAGAGCUUGAUGCAGGACGUGCAGCUGUGGACGCAGGAUCAGGUGCUGAUCGCCGGAAGUCAUUUGCGGAUGCGAGGAGGCGACUUGAAGGUCGCACGUGCCUGUGACAGCAGGGGCAAUGCCGCCAGCCGCCUGAUCCUGCGAGAGGGUCGCAUGCUCGAGCAGCCGAGCGUAGGCUUUCAUUCAGAUGCGUGGUGCCGCGCUGUCUUCGCCCGAGCGGAAGCUAAGCGCGCGUCGGCGCUCUCCUGGCAAACCUUCCAGGAUUUGCUUCUAGAAGCAGCGCACGAGGUUUUAGCGGACCCAUUGCUCAUCCCAAGCUCGACAACAAGUACAAUCAGCCGGACCACGACCUCAACGUCAACUUCAAGCAGUUACACCACAUCCAGCUCCAAGACAUCAACCUCAACGACCACCGUGUCAACCAGAAGCACCACGUCUAUGACGGAGACUCGAACGUCAAGCACUCGCACUUUCAGCACUGUGACCAGCACGACCACCACCACCGGCAAUGGCACCUUCUUCACCGGUACAUCCACCACGUCUACCACUUCGACCAGCUCAAGCACUAGCUCCAACACUACAUCUAGCACAUCUAGCACACGCACAUCUAGCUCCACAAGCUCCAGCUCAGAGGCGAACAUCUUCUCAGGUGUGAACAGCACCACGACCACAAGUAGCACCCGCACAACAAGGACCUCGACAUCAACCACGGUAGUCUUCUGCGUUGGGGGAGAGCCACCUCAGAUAGACACGUGGUGCCCCAGUGGUGUUACAUCCGAAGACUAUUUGCCGGUUUACGCUGAUGUGGAACUGCUGGAUCCAGAUGGCAUCCUUCUAUUCGGAGUGUCGGCGGUGCAGCUCUCGCUCAACGAGAGCACUUCUCUGGCCAUGAGCAUGCCUGGCGGGAAGAUCACAAUGCUUGCGCCAACGCGGAGCAUCUACUUCGUCCACGCCAUGGCCAUCAUCUACGACUUCUGGGUCUCCUGGCAAGAGCUGCACGAGCUGGCGAACGUCAGCCAGGUCUUGAGACCCUGGCGACCAGAGCUUCCCACUUCAACGGUCACCAGCACCACCACGUUCACCAGCACCAGCGCCACAAGCACCACCAGCACCAACACCCCUGGUCCUUUCCCUCAGCUGCAGCCCUCCUCCAGUGCUGUCCUGGGUGCUUUGGAGAUCGCUUUCUCUGAUCCCUUGGAGGUCCUGUCGCGUGCUUUGGCUUUCGAGCUGCAGAACAGCGAUGGCACAGCGAGAAGUACUUCCGAGGGCUCGUGGGCAGAGCGCGGGCUGGCCGCGUCAGACCUGCUCAGCAGCUGGUGUCAGGUGCCCAGCCUGGCUCCAGCGGUAUUGAGCGACAUCUUCGCUUCUUUGGAUCCGGUGGUUGGCAGUGACAGCAUGCGGCCGCUGCAGUCGAUGCUGCAGUCCUUGGACGAGGGUCUGCCCUCCUGGUGGAACGAGAGCUUUUGGGCUGAGUCCGCCGGUGGCCCCGACUGGCAGCCGCCGAUACCUCAGACGACAACACCAGCCACGCAGACGCGGACCAGCACCACAGCCGUGGACCUGCGCUCUUUUUUGUGUCCAGAGGUCGACUGCUUGCCGCCAGACGACUGUGGCGUGGACCCCUUGGCAGACCUGGAGUGUGUGGCCUGGUCAGCCCCCUUGCGCCGCUUCGUUCCGGCGCUGGGCUGUGAGCUGGUGGCAGAGCCAGGUCGCCGCUGGCCGUUGCUGCAGUCUGGAUACUUCGAGAUGGUUUGCGAGUGCGCUCCGUGGGCAUUGCAUCCUGCCAUGGCCAUUGCAGAGAAGAGGCCAGAGUUGACACCGUUCCCUCCCCAAGUGACGAUCCAGACACGGGAGUUUGUUGUGCCUUGGUGGGACAAGGUGAAUCGUUACAACCUGCGGGGCUUUGUUGUCGUUAUCGCCCUGGUGCUGCUCGCUGCACUGCAUUCCCUGAUCGCUGCGGUUGCGGAGGUCCGAUGGCGGAUGCAAGCGCGCUUUGUGGCUAUGCAUGCAGCUCGCAAGAAGGGUGUGCAGAAGGAGGUCGAGAAGUUGGAGAUUGUAGAGAAGGAAUUCAUCAAACGGCGAACCGCUGAGAUUCGCGCCACAGGUGAGUUUAGUGCCGCCAUUAUGAGCGCAGAGGCGGAGGCCACACUCCGCCAAGCGGAAGGACUUCCACACGCCUCAAUUACCCAGACCUCGUUGGAUCUUCGCCAAGCGAAGGACGGGCUGGCCACGCUCUUUCAGGCGCAUGGCCUGGGAGAUGUGGAGGAGGAUGUCGUGAAGUCCUUGGCCUUGCCAGGCGCAGCGCCACCACCGCUGGGGACCCUCGUCACCGGCACUUUGUCCAAAGCGACCCCUUCUGUCAUGGCGGUGCCACCGCCACCGCCAGCAUCCGCAGGGGCGCGAUCGCCUGUGCCAAUGCUUUCCCUGCGAGACACUGCUCGCGAGGAGCCUUUCCAUCCAGAGGAAGCGAUGAUCUCCACCAAGGCACCCACGAAGCCAAGGCGCAGUCUUCGCGACGUGGUCAUCGAUGCUUUGCGGCGCUGCCGGCGGAAACACAUUUGGCGUGCCUGUCACACGCACCACAAGAUUUUUUCGCUGUCGGAUGACACCCAGACCUGGGCUUUUAGCGCCCCGGAGCGGGCUGCUGUGUUGCACUUCAGCCUGUGGACCAAUGCCGCUUGCUUGGCGGUGGCGCUGGGUGGUGCCACGGACAGACGGCCCUUCCAGGAUCCCUUCUGCCCAGGUGCUGGCAGCGAGCUGACCUGGGCGGAGGCGGGGUGCUUGGUGCCGCCUUCGUCGUUGGGCGCCGCCGCGCUGGCGGCGCUUUGGGCGAUGCCAAUGGCAGCGGGGCUGCAGACGCUCUGCCGCGGCCGCAGCUUCUUGGAGCGAGCCGAGGCCGCCGAUCUUUCGGCCGCUGCACGGGAAAGAGCCUUCACGCGCCAUUUCCUGGGGCCGUGGCCUGCAGUGCUCAUGGCCCCUGGCGAAGCCAAGGUGCGUCUUUGGAAUUGCUUCUGCUCUGUGGCAUCAUGCUGCAGAUGCUGCAGAUGUUGCCCGCGGCCAAAGCGCCAGCGGCUGCUGUCCAUGCACUGGCAGCCUUCAUUGGUACCGCUUGUUUCAGUCUUGAUGCUUCUGCUUUUGGCCUGGAGUGUGUGCCACUACAUGUUCUUCUUCUCUUCCUCGGUUUAUAUGUAUGAGGAAGCUCGGAGCGACACGACUGUGAUGGAGAUCCUCUACCCUCCGGAUGAGCGGGCUGAGGUGGCAGCCGCUUCAAUCGACGGCUGGCGAAUCCACUUGGUCCUGGUGCCAGAGCUGCAGCGAUUUCUGGCGCUGCUCGUGAUCAGUUGUUUGAUGAACCUGUUCAUUUUUGAGCCGCUGUCAUUGAUCUUGCACCUCAUCAUUGGUGAGCCGACUCUGAGUGAGUUCUGCAGCUUUGUCGCUUGGACUGCCGGGGUGGCAUCUCGAGCAUUGGUAUCCCUUGGGCGCCGCCUUUGGUCGCCUGUGCCGCGGAUCAUGCAGACAUGCUUUCCCGAUGAGCGGAGGGCGCAGGUAUGGCGGCUCUGGGACCAAUAUCUGGGCCAACGGUUGAAUCAGCUUGGACAGCGGAUCAGCAAGCUUGGGUUGACCCAAAAGCUUUGCUGCUGCUGCAGACGGCAGAGCGAAGUUGCGCCAGUAGCACCAGAAGACAUCAAAGAGACAGUCGAGUCGGAGGGCGAGGACGAGGCUCCAAAGAAAAAGCAAAAGGGCCGGAAAAAGUGAGUCAUUGUCACAUUGUGACUUAGCUGUUCCAUUUUUCAAAGAAUAGGCGCAACCGCUAGGUUGUAAGCAUGAAUUGUGGUG